AUGACCCCCGCAGCGACUCUGACCGAAGGGGAAGAUGCGGUUCUGUUCCCGCGAGGGGGAUGGGAUACUCACCAUCACAUCUUUGACCCCAAGUCGUUCCCCUACAGCCCGAAGAGACACCUCACCCCGCCGCCCGCCACCAUCGCCGCCUUCAAAGAGCUGAAGAGAAGCCUCGGCAUCACGAGGUCCGUCCUCACCCACGGCCUGUCCUACGGCGACGACUGCACCUCUCUCAAGGCCUUUGUGUCCGAGCUCGGCGCCCACGAGACCGCCGCCGUCGGCGUCAUCGACCCGGACAAGACGAGCGACGAGGAGCUGCGCAGCAUGCACGAGGCCGGUGUUCGGGGCGUCCGGGUCAACCUGUACCGGUACGACGCCAUGGAAGACGCCGAGCGACAAAAGGUCGCCCUGCUGGCGCACCUGAAGCGGAUCACCGGCCUCUCGUUGCCGUGGAGCCUGACGAUGACGACGACCCGGCCCGGGUCCUGGGACGUACUGGAGCCGUUCGUCCGGGACGUCGUCGCCGAGCAGGGCAUCCGGUUGGUGACGGACCACUUUGCGCUGCUAAAGGCGCCGAGCCUCCUCCUUUCGGCCGACCACCGGGCCGAUCCCGCGAAGCAGCCCGGCUUCGACGCCGUCGUGAGGCUGGUCAGGGACGGCCACCUCUGGGUGAAGCUGAGCGCGCCGUACCGCGUCAGCGACGACGGGCCGGGCUACGCCGACGUCCGGUUCCUGGUGCGCGCGCUCGUGGACGCGAACAAGCACCGCGUCCUGUGGGGCAGCGACUGGCCGCACACGCCGCGGAUGAAGACGCGCACGCGCGAGGCGGCCAUGACGGAGACGCCGUUCCUCGAGGUGGACGACGAGGCCUGGCUCAAGAGUCUCAGGUCGUGGCUGUCGGACGAGGAGUGGGAUCUGAUGAUGGUCCGGAACCCAAGCCGCCUGUUUGGGCAAUGA